AAUCCUUGGCGGUACGUUCGAAAUUGGUGACAUUUUUGCACGUGUUUGCUCUGAAAUUUAUUUACUGCUUAUUGUCAUAUAAUUCUUGAAAUUAUGGUCCAAAUCUCUAAAAAACGUGUUCGUAGAAACACAGUUGUUUUAGAUAGUGGCCUAAAUUCGGUUAUAACUGCAUUACCGCCUGGUAAUACAGUAUCAACUACUAGCUCUCAAAAUGGUUUGAGUGCAGAUGUCACUCCUGUGAUACACGUGAAAGAUGUUCUGUUAGAGAACUCUGAGUUCUGUAAAUUAAACCUCCUUUUGAGAGAUAUGCAGAGGCAAGUAAGUGAAAUUCAGAAAAAAUUAGAUCAGUUUGAUAGUAUGUCACUGCCAAUCUCAAAUACCACCGAGAACCGGUCUGAUAUUGGUCAGGUUAAGUGUUUACUGGAUGUAACUCAAAAUAAGCUUUUGAAUUUAGACCCAAUUGCCUGUCUUUUAGAAAGGCAUCCUAUAAUAUCUCCAGACAACCUAAAUAAAGCUGAAAAUCUGAUUGACUGCUUGGCUACGGAGGUGAUGAAGCGUAUAACCUCUUCUCACCAAGCUAUAGUUUACAACGUCCCGGAUUCUCUGCCCCUGAAAACUGUAAGACACAAAAUCCUGAUUUGUUGCGGCAUGGCUAGUGUUCCAUGUGAAUGCAAACGACUUCGUAAAAAGUCUAACCAGUCUAAUUGCCCAAUCAUUUUUAAAUUCAGUAAUUCCCUUGAUGCUAGUAAGUUUACUAAAUGUCAGGAUCACUUAAGACUGAAUAGCAGUUAUAAGUCUAUAACCGUAGCUCAGGAUAAAACACCGUGUCAGCGCAGAAUAAUGCGUAGUAAUAACCUGGUCACCUCCUCUAGCUUUGAUUUACCAAAUAAGGAUCGUGCACAGCAACAGACACCUAGUGCUGAAACUAGCAUUCAGCAAACUACACAACAACCACACCUGCCAAUGGAACUAGGAACUGAUUUAGAUACCAGUACCCCUGUAAAUAAAGCCUCAUCGAAAGAUGUUAAAAUGACUAGAACUUCUGCAAGUUGUUCUAAUAAAUUUUCCCCCAAACGUAGUAACCUCACCACGAUGAACAAAUUUCGCAGGGUUGAGACUAAUGAUGGGGAAGAAUACUUUGUAUUCAAUAAGCCUGCUGAGAGUAAGAAUGCCAACAAACCAUCACUUGUUACGAAAAACUCCUCUCGAAACACAAGUAUUCUGGAGGUGUUCCGCAUGCUCCACCUUAUAGAAAGUCAGGCCCCAAGACCCCUAAAGUCUUGCAGCCAAAGCACCUUCCCUCACAAUUCCUUUUAAGUUAUAAAAACAACCCGAAGGUGUGUACCAAUAUGCCGAAUAGCAGUUGGAUGGGUAGACCUUUGAUGCUAUGGCUUUUAACCGUCAACCUAGGCCCAACCCCUACUACCCUUAUAUCCAGGAACACAUGGUAAAUUUUCCAGGUGUCCCGAAUCACUGGUACGACCCAUGGCACCUAGAACCACCUCAUUGCACACCAACCCGAUGUACAGACACCCAGUCCGACCUCCAUUUCAUUCAUAAACUCUUGCGGUGCUGGCGCACAAAUAGAUUUAGGUUAUGGUGACAUUUUAAGCCAGUUUGUAGUAUCCCGUGACUUAUUCACGAUAUUGCUAAUUAAUGCACGUUCCUUAAUCAAUAAGAUAUCUGAACUAAGGACAUUAUUAUUAGUCGCCAAGCCUACUGUAGCUCUGAUUACUGAGUCAUGGUGCUCAUCCUCUGUACUAGAUGUGCAUAUAGGUAUCGAUGAUUACACUGUACACCGUGCAAACAGAGAUUGCAAGCGUGGUGGAGGAUGUCUCAUAUAUAUACAUAACUCAUUUGUAGUCAGUAAGGUGGAAGAUGAAAUACUGAACGAGGUACCUGACUCACUCUGGGUUGUCUUACAUGGAGAUAAGUACAAACUUCUCAUAGGCUGUGUUUAUCGAGCACCAAGCUCAACAAAAGAAACUGAUGCGUUAUUAGCUAAGUCCUUUGCACACGCCUCCUCGUUUAGUGCUAAUUACAAAAUAAUUGCAGGGGACUUCAAUCUUCCAGAAAUCAAUUGGCUAACUAGUUCUGGCCCCCAACGCUUCGACGAAUUACUUGCCACUAUCGACUGUUAUGGAUGGCAACAACACGUCCAGACACCAACUCGUGGUGACAACAUGUUGGACCUUGUUUUUUGUCAUGACACAAUCCCAGUCUCCACUAUGUUGGUAAUAGAUUUUCCAGUAGUGACCAUAGAAUGGUACUCUGCUCUCUGCCUUUCUCACCACUAAAUAUAGGAAGCAAACAAGAUUCAGGAAGCACAAUAUGUCGUAGUUACAAAUAUACAGACUGGGGAUUAGUCCAAGAACUUAUUCGACUCUGUCAAUGGGAUGACUAUUUUACCACUGAGUCCCUGGAGGCCGUAGUAACCCUGUUUUACAGGAAUGUUACCCUUUGUCUAGAUACAGUUGCUCCAAAGAAAAUAGUGAAAUUAAGUAGACACCGAGCUGAAUAUAUUCCAAGGGCACACCGUAAUAAGUUAAGGAAGCUGAAGAAACAGUACUAUUCCACUAAGGAUAUAUCACUACUGCUCUCAAUCCACGAGUCUCUUGAAUCUAUCAAGCGCCUACGCUCUCAAAAGGACCUCGACGAAGAGUUAACGGCACUUGAAAGUACCUCCAAAGUUUAUAACUUAACGGCACUUCUUAAAAAACGAAUGCAGUUGACGAGGGAAAUCCCUUACUUACUUCACGACAAAGUAAUCUACAAUGAGCCUGCCACUAUCUGUGAACUCUUCAGUGAUUGGUUUGCAAACUUUAGUUUAGAAACACAUAUGCCUGGUGAAAUAGCCCCCGUUACUAGCUCUUCCCUUGAAAGCAUUGUGUUCACUAAUCAGUUAAUAGUACAAGCAAUUAAAAGCCUUAAACCUUCCACUAGUACGGGACCGGAUGGCCUCGCUUCGAUAAUUUUCAAAAACAGUGGGUGUGAUAUACCCUUGUUACUUCUUAAAUUCUUCUCAAUAUCUAUGGACACUGGCACUUACCCUAGUGAGUGGAAAACUAGCUUCAUAAUUCCACAUUACAAAUCUGGUGAUAAGGCAAACGUCCGCAAUUACAGACCCAUAAAUAUAACCCCAGUUAUCUCACGAAUCAUGGAGAAAGUUGUAAAAGAUCAAUUGUCAGACUACCUAAUUAGGGAAGAUCUUGUUACAAGGUCUCAACACGGAUUUCUCAAAAAUAGAUCCUGCGUUACUUGCCACUUCGACUUUUUCAACUGCAUCACUAGUAGUCGCGAAGCACGUAAGCUAGUCGUUGUUCUCUACUUCGAUAUAUCUAGGGCAUUUGACAUGGUAUCUCACAGUAUUCUCUUUGAGAAGCUGUACUCUUGUGGAAUUCGCAACCCAUUACUGAACUGGUUAAAAUCAUUUCUUAGCAACAGGGUACAAAUAACCAAAGUUGGAUCUGUAUUGUCUCAUCCUAGGCAGAUCUCAAGUGGGGUUGUGCAAGGUAGUGUCCUAGGUCCACUUUUAUUCACAGUCUACAUUAACAGCAUUUGCAAGUGCUUCACCUCAGGUAAACCAUUCCUAUAUGCUGACGACCUCAAAGUCGUCUACUCCUGCUACACUCAUGAAUUAAGCGAUAUGGUUACUAAAAUACAUCUUGAACUAAGUAGUCUCGCAACAUGGUGUGCUGAAUCCUCUCUAAACUUUAACAUUGACAAAUGCGGCUGGAUUUGUAUCGGCAACAGUAAGCUUGAUCUAACUCUUGAAAUAAAUGGGCGAAAACUAGCUAAGCUCAACUCAGUCGUAGAUCUCGGUAUUAGAUACUCUAGUAACCUAACGUUCGCUGAACAGACUGAUUAUGCCAGACGUAAAGCACGAAGGCUGAUAGGUUGCAUAACACGCAAUUUCUUUUAUUGUGAAACUAGGGUUUUAUUAUACAAAGUAUGUGUCCGACCUAUCUUAGAAUACUGCCCGUUUAUUCUUAGCGGACUCAGACAAAAUGAUAAGCUUAAAUUAGAGGGAGUGCAACGGCAGUUUACCUCAAGAACUCUUGGUUUAGAAAGUGGUCUGCAAUACCAUGAGCGAUGCGAAAGACUAAGGUUAGAACCCCUCUGGAAAAGACGUCUUAAGUUAAACCUUAUCUUUUACUAUAAGCUAACUAAUCUUCUCUUGCAUUCCUCCGAACCAAUAACUAAACCUAACACUGUCACCAGUUACAAUCUUAGAAAUCAUCACAACCUAAUUGCUAUAGAGCACUGUCAGACUUACGUGCGGUACAACUUCUUCUUAAAUAAGUUUUCAGUCAUUUGGAAUAGACUACCAGCUAAUGUGCGCGAUGCAAACACACUUCCAGUGUUCAUCUCCUCAGUCACCAGACUGCUCAAAGAUGACAAUGCACUUUUGCGCCUGACUCUUACACCCUCUUUUUCACCCUACAUAGAUAUUUUAAGUUCUUUAAACGUGUAGUUACAACCAACUACAAUUAUUAAUUUUAAUAUUAUUGGAACUAGAUGAUAAACAUUUCUACACAGGACAGUAACAUUAGUUCACACAUAAUUUGAAAGUUAGCAUAACGGGACUAGUUAGUUAAUGAACAAAAAUAAGCAUAGUUACUAGACAGAAUAUAUAUGUAUAUAUUUAUUAAUCACUCCUUAAGGACUCCUCUUGCUUUCUUUUGCCUUGCUGUUGUUUGUCUUCUUUUUUCUCUCACCAUUUCAGCUUCCAUUUGACUUUUUGAAUGAGAAUGAAUAAUGUGGAUGUUUGACCAUUUACAAUGACAAAUGAUCUGCGAACAUUAUUGGUCCCGUAUCUUUCAGUUGCCUGGUUAAUAACGAAUUAACUUUCCCCGCGACGCAACCCGGAUUACAUUUGUGGAAUAUACUCUUAUACCAAUGGAAAGGUAUCAAUUUGUAAUACAACGUCACGAUUCUUUCUUAUUUCCCAAUUUGGAUAUAAAUCAAAAAUGAGAUUCGGAAUUACUUCAAGCUUUAUUUUUUCCCAAGUAUUUUUAAUCCUUCUAAAACUUACUUGGGUUUUUUUGUUAAUGCGAAGUCAAUACUCCUAUAUUUCAUGAUGUGCUCCAUUAAAUGACUGGUUAUAUUGUGGAAUAACUUCAAGCUUUAUUUUUUCCCAAGUAUUUUUAAUCCAUCUAAAACUUACUUGGGUUUUUUUGUUAAUGCGAAGUCAAUAUUCCUAUAUUUCAUGAUGUGCUCCAUUGAAUGACUGGUUAUCAUAUUGUUCCCACAAACCAAAGACAGAAACGUCAGCAACCAUGUAAAUUAACUAUAAACCAAAUUUAUGAAAUUUAUAUAAUGCUUAUCCAUGCCUGUAUAUUUGGUGUGUCGUACACAAGUAGCAAAAAAUAUGUAUUUUAUUAAAACAUUAUUAUUAAUUAUGAUUGCUAAUCGUAUAUGUAAUUUAUCAUAUUGAUGAUGCCUGUAAACUGGCGUCUCUCAUGUACAAAAUGAGAAUAUACUAUUAUUAUUAUUAU